CAGAACUCGGCAGGUGGUGGACUGGCAGGAAAAGCGACUCGUUCACAAGCGCCGGCGAGCGCGUGGUGGAAGCUGGCACCUGAUCGCGAACUAUCACUGCAUCCUUCACGCUCCAAGGGCGGACACCCGUUGGUUUUAGUUAGUCUCUCGGGUUUCUUUAUCUUCUCCAUGUUGGCCAGAGGCGUCGGGAGAAUGUCCAGGACCGGACUUGCAGCAGCACAGAGGACACAGGCGAUAUCCCGACACAUGAUGUCUACUUCUUCCUCUUCUCGUGCAUCCAAGGUCGAGGUUGGUGAUGAGAACCUCGUUCUUUUCGAAUCCGCCGGACAUGUCAGGAAGUACACUCUGAACAGGGAGCGACAACUAAAUGCUCUGAACGAGCCUAUGCUCAAUCUUCUCCGGCACUAUGUCGAAGAUUUUGUUCGCUCAGACCUGGGCAAAGUGUUAGUCGGAACUGGAAAAGGCCGUGCUUUCUGUGCUGGAGGUGAUGUCGCAACGGUUGCAAAUAAUGCUACCAAGGUGGAGACUAGGAGCAAAGCUGUUGAAUUCUUUCUCCGAGAGUUCGAAUUGGAUUAUCUUCUGGCGGCCGUCAACAAGCCCUACAUCGCUGUUAUGGACGGUAUAACGAUGGGCGGAGGUGUUGGUCUAUCUGCAAAUGCACCAUUCCGGAUCGCAACUGAGAAGACCCUUUUUGCAAUGCCCGAAACGAAGAUUGGCUAUGCGCCCGAUGUUGGUGCAAGUUUCUUCCUUUCCCGAGUUGACGGCGAACUUGGUACCUAUCUCGGUCUCACCGGUGAAAACAUUGGAGGCAGAGCCGUUUUCGAGCACGGUCUUGCGACUCAUUUCGUUCCGUCCAGACGGAUCCCUGGCCUCAUUGAGAAUUUGAAUGCUUUGGACAACCCAACUUUUGCUCAUGUUGACAGCCUGAUCGAGGAAUGUUACUCGGAGAGAGAGCCGGAUGAGCCUACAUCUUCGUUCGUCGGUGCAAAGAGGGCUGCGCUGGACUUCGCCUUUCGUCAUGAUAAGGUCGAAUCCAUCGUCGAAGACUUGAAGGCCAUCGGCAAUAAACACGAGGCUGAAGAUGUCAGGAUAUGGGCCCAAGAGACAUUGGAUACCCUGCACUUGCGUAGCCCAACUAGUCUGAGAAUUGCACUUACAGCAAUCAGACGGGGAAAGACUAUGACACUAUUGGAAGCUCUGCAAAUGGAGCUUAAUUUUGCCGCUGCUAUCUGCAACGGUGAGACCCCUGAUUUUGUGACCGGGGUAAGAGCAGUACUCGUGGAGAAACUGAAAAACGGACGUCCUAGUUGGUCACCUCCAACAUUGGAGGAAGUCUCGCAAUCGGAUGUCGUAAACAAGUUCUUCAAGAAGUAUUCGCCUGCUCAAGGCAAUGCGCCCGCGCUUGCUGUAUCAGAGGAUUUGGUUCCCAAGGACUAUAAAAUUGCUCAUCCAAUGCGCUGGGCUCUUCCGACGGAGGAAGAGAUUGGCAAGAUGGUGACUGGUAGCCACCCCAGUAGUGGUUCCACACAAAUUACUUCAGCUGAACUCGUGAAGAAGUUUGAAGAUCUACGCAACCACAAGAACGGCGUUCGAGAGAAGGUUUUGGAGGUAGUUCAACGCCGAUGCAAAGAGGUCGAAGACAAAACGAGUGGAAUGAAGUAUUUGGCAUGGGUUCGUUGACAGAUAUGCGCUACAACGACAUUCACUUCCACGGGGCUUGAGAGCCGGCGAUGUAUUGCAAUCGCUGUUAGCUGGAUAUGUAUUUGACAAGUGCUACAAUGUACCACUUUGCAGUACUGUCAAACGAUUGCGAGAUUCAGCAAUAACGAUGUCGUUAGGAGGGUAAUCGCAUCAAGGAUAUGCAUGUGCAUGUUGCUUACUCGAUUUAUUUUCUGUGAUGUCAUCGCUUGAGAAUGCAAAUGCACAGGCUGCGGCCAGCUAGCAGUAGAGCAAUACGAGUGCAGCUUUUGAGGUUUUCCCGCGCAGGUGGGGUACGCCGACCGAUACGUCAACAAACAAGGUUUGCCGUAGUCGUUUCCUUUGGAUUCCGUUAUUUCAGGCCCCUUUUACCUUAGUUGGAUGGAGUUAAUUACGAAACACUCGUACCUGCAUAGGCCAAUUGGUC